UUUGUGAGCAAGAAAAUACUAACAGUUCUAAGCGAAUCAAGUCGGAACUUUCAAAAGGAAAUGUCGCCAACCGCAGCAAUUAGUAUUUCUAAAGACUUAGAUCAGGUAGGCAAUAUUAUAUUUGAGUAUUUUUUAUUUUUUUGCGUGUUAUAUGUAUAUGUAGGUUUUAUCAUUGCAUCUUACCAUCAUUGCAUCUUACCAUCAUUGCAUAUCAUCAUUGCUUGUUACCAUCAUUGCAUGUUACCAUCAUUGCAUGUUACCAUCAUUGCAUGUUACCAUCAUUGCAUGUUACCAUCAUUACAUCUUACCAUCGUUGCAUUUUACCAUCAUUGCAUCUUACCAUCAUUGCAUAUCAUCAUUGCAUGUUACCAUCAUUGCAUGUUACCAUCAUUGUAUCUUACCAUCAUUGUAUUUUACCAUUAUUGUACUUACUAUCUUUGCAUCUUACCAUCAUUACAUGCAUCUUACCAUCGUUGCAUGUUACCAUCAUUGCAUCUUACCAUCUUUGCAUCUUACCAUUACCAUCAUUGCAUAUUCUACUGACAAUUAGUGGGUUGAUCCAUCCAUUCUACUGCAUUAAUUUAACACUUUGACAGUAGUUAACAUAACGUACGUUCGUUAGAUUAUUAAUAUUAUGAAAAAUAUAAUCAUGACAGUUUACUCUGGAAACGAGGGGGUGAGUCAACCCAGAUCCAGGCCAAUCACACAGACCUUAAGUUAAAGGGGCCUCAAUGGAAAUAGUAGGCCCUACUAUGUACACAAUUGUAAAAAACAAGCUUGUUUUCUGUACACUUUUUUUUUUACUGUAAACUGUUGUUUUCUUAAGAAUAUACCAGUAUCAGACAAGUUGUUUUUUUUUCUUCUUGAAACUGAAAAGGUGAUGUCACAUUAUUGUGUAGUCCUGAGAAAAAUUGCUACUCUGUGGUCGCAGAUGACAGUUUUGGGUCACUGUGACAUCACAAUGUCCAAAGGGGCGGAAGACAUGUUAGAGCGCCUUGAGGAAAGCGUAGCGGCCUUCAUGGAAAAGGAAGUCCGAGUGGAGAAAGCCAAACAGGCAGUUUUAGACCUUAAGUCUGUCUUAGGUAAAUAUCAACUGUCCGUAGUUUUAGAUCUAAAGUCUGUCUUAGGUAAAAUAUCAACUGUCAGUAGUUUUAGAUCUAAAGUGUGCCUUAGGUAAAUAUAAAAUGUCAGUAGUUUUAGAUCUAAAGUCUGUCUUAGGUAAAAUAUCAACUGUCAGUAGUUUUAGAUCUAAAGCCUGCCUUAGGUAAAUAUAAUCUGUCAGUAGUUUUAGACCUAAAGUCUGCCUUAGGUAAAUAUAAAUUGUCCGUAGUUUUAGAUCUAAAGUCUGCCUUAAGUAAAUAUAAACUGUCCGUUUCAUUCACUUCUGAAAAAAUACAAUAUAAAUAUUUUGAUUCGACUUUCAUUUCCUCCUAACAUAGUAAUGAAAAAUAAACUUUUUAAAAAAUGUCUUUAGUUCUACUUUAAAUAGCACAGCUAAAUCAACCACAGCACCAAAAAUCAAGGUCCAUAUAAUUGAUCAAACGUUAAUGUUGGAGCAUUUAACAGUCAUUAAGAACUAUUCACAAGUCAUUUUAGAGUCUCUUCCUAUUUUGUUUAUGCCUUUUUACCCCGUCAGGAGCAUAGGCCGUCGACAAGAAUUUUACACUCAUCACGGUCCUGUGCUUUCCUUUCCAGUUGCUUCCAGGUGUAUCCCAUAUUUUGCGUGUAUGCCUCUAGCUCGCGUCUCCAUAUAUUCUUCGGCCUUCCUCUCUUCCUUUUCCCCUGUGAAUUCCAUGCUAGAGACUGUCUAGUGAUGAUAUCUGGGGUUUUAUAAUAUUCUAAACUAAAAACGACACCAAUGUAAACUAAGAUGACCUUGUUCUCUAAGAUGACCCGGUUCUCUAAGAUGACCUGGUUCUCUAAGAUGACCUGGUUCUCUAAGAUGACCCGGUUCUCUAAGAUGACCUGGUUCUCUAAGAUGACCCGGUUCUCUAAGAUGACCUGGUUCUCUAAGAUGACCCGGUUCUGUAAGAUGACCCGGUUCUCUAAGAUGACCUGGUUCUCUAAGAUGACCUGGUUCUCUAAGAUGACCUGGUUCUUUAAAAUGAACCGGUUCUCUAAGAUGACCUGGUUCUCUAAGAUGACCUGGUUCUCUCUACUGUUUCUGAGGCUUCGUGCCCAAGCAUCAUGCGUACUUUGUGUGUAGUGAUAUGAAUGAAAUCAACAGAUUGACGUAAAAGUAUAACAUACAAACUAAAUUGGUAUGAAAUCUCCUUACCUCCGCUCUCGUGUGUAUGCAAUAGUAAUUAAGUAAACUGAAUUAAUCUCUAAAUGCCGGUUAAAUUUUUAUGAAAAAAAAAAGUGUCUUGGAUGAUUGUAAGAAAAAUUUAAUCCAUAAAGAUUUGUUUAGGCUUCAGGCAUUUGCAUGCCCGUUCUAUGUGACGUUUAUGAUGCCGAGUGGCUUCUUUGAUUCUGCGUGACUGCUAUGAUUCUGUGGGACUCCUUUGAUUCUUUAUAGCUGCUAUGAUUUUCUGUGUGACUUCUUUAAUUCUGUGGGACUUCUAUGACUCUGCGUGACUUCUAUAAUUCUGUGGGACUUCUAUGAAACCUAGAAUGUCAAUGAUUCCUCCACCCUUAACACCAAGAAUUAUAUAAAAAGAACAUCACAUAAACUAGAAAUCACUGCUACGAAAGACGCCAAGACUACUAUUAAAAAAAAAUAGUUGGUGUGUUCAAUAUUCCAUAUUCCAGCAGUAAAAUGUCUCCACGGAUUUUCCAUCGACUUUGUCAUCUGUAGCAUUUUUUUUUUUUUAGAAAACCAAAGUUAACCCAGAAAUAAAAAAAAUGAUAUUCCUAUAAUAUGAAAUGCAGAAAAAGUCCUUCCUUGAUCAUUUCAGAAAUUUUUUUAAUAAAGACAUUCAAUAUAAAUACCAUUGUUUCGAGCGUGGUCGUCUUAUCAACAAUUUUAAGCUUCCGGGUAAAGACAUUAAACCCACUNGGGGAAUGGCCAGAGGUGUAGCUAAUGGGUUGUAAAUGGGACAGACGCCCCCGGGUGAAAGACUAACGAGGGGGGGGGGCAUUUUGGUAUUUAAUGGCUGAAAAUAAUUGGUUUCAGAGUUGAAAGGGGGUUGGGGGCAUACAUUUAAUCUUGUCCCCUGACGCCAAACACUCUAGCUAGGUCCCUGCCAGUGGCGUAGAAAGGGAGCGAAGGGGGGUGGUCAAUCCAGGUGUCACUUUUUCUUUAUAUGGAGGCGCGGUUUUUUUUUUUUAUCGUGAAAGGGAUUGCGGCACAAAUCUUUGGCUACCCAUGGCCAAUGUUCACUCUAAGGUUUGUUGGUUCGUGUGCAAAAUCAUACAGUUGUGUGCAAAGUUUUACAGCUUCGAUUUUUUUGUGCGCAAAAUUUUACUGCCCACUCACUUGCAUGGAAAUUUGCUGCGUGGUACUCAAAACUGCUGCUCGGCGUCUGUGAGAUAGCUGCGCGGCCGCGCAGCCGCGCAGCUUAAAGGGAACAUUGCCCAUGGCCAUGGCGACACUAAUACCAAUACGAGCUGCGUCAUUAUGCAUUGUAUGUAUCGGCCUGGAGAUAGGUGAUCAUUUUUAUAAGGAGUAUUGAAAAAUAAGAGGUGCAAUUUGGAGUAUACUUGAAUUCAUUAUUUCUCUUAGGCUUUUUGAUAGGGGGAAGGAAAUUUGUAAGGAUCUGGAUAGGUGGGGGGGGGGCAUUAUGGCGCCCAGUGCAUACAUAAACUGAAUUCACCCCCCCCCCCCCAGCUUAUUUUUAACCCUAUACUUUAACACUGAUCUACCUAGGAGGCUCACUCUUUUAGAGGCAUUUUGCUUUAAAUUAGGGUUUUUGAUAGGGGGAAGGAAAUUUGUAAGGAUCUGGGUAGGUGGGGGGGGGGCAUUAUGGCGCCCAGUGCAUACAUAAACUGAAUUCACCCCCCCCCCCCAGCUUAUUUUUAACCCUAUACUGUAACACUGAUCUAACUAGGAGGCUCACUCUUUUAGAGGCAUUAUGCUUUAAAUAAUAUUGUUAAUGAAUAUUGAACGAUUUUGGAAAUUUAAUUUGAUUUAAAAAUGAGUGGACAGCACGUUUUCUCAAAUUAACCCACGUUAUUAGCUGCACAUUCCAAAAUUAAAUAUUAUAAAUGCGAAUCACAAGUUGGGAACCCCCUAAGGGGGAUAACUCUCGACAUUAAGUAUUACUUCUCCCAGAUCUCAGAUAAAAAUUGACAAAAUUAAAGUAAGAAUUUGUGUUUACAAUGAUGUUUGACUAAGAUUAAGAUGUUAGCCCCGGGCGGUAAUAACCCUAGCUGUGAUACUGCUCCUUAGUGAAAUUAUUGGAGAAAAGCAGUGCCCUCUUUAAGGCUUGGGCAUAAUGUGCUGCGUGCACUUGCCCAGGUUUUCACGCCUCUCUUACGACUUACGCUCUAGUUCUAGCCUAGGCCUAGGUGGUCUCGCCUCAUGCUCGAGGGGGCGAGGCCUCACUUCUAAGAGGCAUCUCGCCUCUAGUUUGUCUCAAGCUUCUAGGUGCUGCUAAUAUUAUCAGUGAAUAUUGAAAUAUUUUUGGCAAUUUAUUUUGCUUUCAAAUGGGAAGAUCGUUUCUCCAGUUUAUUAAGAAAGUUUGUUGAUUCUCACAUUCAUGACAUUCACAUCUAUUUAUUAAUUGUUUUGUACUUAAGAGGAAAAAAGUUUCUUUUGAUAAACUAUCAGUUUGAAAAAAUCCAUUAAUUAUUUUUUUCUUGGGGGUUGGGGUAGGAAAAAAUCGAAGAAUCUUACAAAGUUAACAAAGGCGCCACUAUUUAGUAAUUUAAAGGAAGAAAAUAUUAGUAGUUAGAAUUUCCAAAAAAGUUUUUAAUUUUCCCUCAGAUAAAGCCCAUAUUAAUAAAUAUUAAAUACAUGAUGUCUUUUGUAAAUAUUUCCUUUCUUCUUUUUUAUACCAAUUUUAAUAAGAAAAUGACCUGUUUUAAAUAGCCAGACAAAAUCUAUAGAUCUUUUCUACAAAAACAUAAUUUUUUCUACUUUUUGUACCUGUAAAUUUUGGGAAAACCUACUUAAAUUUAAAAUUAAAUCCAAAAGGAUUUUAAUUUUAUUUAUUCAUUGAUGAAUUAGUGUAAGCACAUAAAUAGUUUCAAACUAAAAUUAUCAAACAAUAUUAUUAUUUUGAUACAACUAAAAAUAAAAGGAAUUGUUUAACCCAUGCAUGGUCAAGGGAAUCCAAGUUUCAACUAGCAUCUUUUUUGUUCCAAGCCGGUUAAGUGUAAAAGGAUGCAAAACAAAAUUAAUGAUUGUGCCAAAGUGAAUCCCAUCAUUCUGAAUGUACCGAUAACAAACAUUUUCAAGAGAGGGGUCCUUGAUCUCUCCUCCCUCCCCAAUGAAAGUGACCAUACUGACACAUUAUAAUCUUAAAAAGCAUUGGAUGUAAGUAAUUAAAAAAAAUUUUUUAACUGACAAAAUUAUGCUUUUCUUUUAGUUUGGUAUAUGUAGUUGGACUACAAAAAUUCAAUGGACAAAAAUAAGCUGGGGCUAAAAGUAUACCCUCAGGGGGCUUCGAAGUAAGAGCUUGUCCUGGGCAUCGAGAUUCCUAAUUUCAGUGCUAAUAGAUGCCCUGCCCCACUCUCCCGAACACCUGAAAGACUACCCCCACUCCCCCCGCAGAAAAAUUUCCUGAAAGAAAAGGUUAAAACGCAUAGGCCAACCUAAGCCAUAAUGCUUUUCAUAGCAUUACUUGAAUAUUAGGUUAUACACAGCCAUUCCCAGGAAAAGUGGUGCCCAAGGCGUAACAAUUAAGACGAUUUUGCCACUCCUGUCUAUGUGAAGUACAUGGGAUUUUAUAGUUUAAUUCACUUGUCACCCUUUGAUAUUGGCGCUUGGGGUGAUUGGCCCUCUUGCCCCCUCUUAGCAUGACCCUGAAUAUAUAGAGGGCUAGGGGCCUCAGUGAAUUACUGUGCCCAGGGCCUCCACUGCUGUAAAGACAGCCAUGGAAGUGGGGUGCAGAAAUUGAUGUUACUGAAGGAAGUUGGGCAAAUUAAUAAUACAGGGGUACAUUUUGGAGCAUACUUGAAUUGUUUCUUUCAGGCAAUUUUGAGGUGGGAUUUCAAACCUUUGGGUGGAAAGCGCCAAAAUGAUCCACAAUAAUGAUCAAAGACAUCUCUAACUCUUCAUCAGCAGGAUAUGUACUAAAUUCAUUCGAGUUGUGUCACCCUUUAGGGUAAGCAUUUGCCCUAGCUUAUUACCACUCCUAAAAUCUUUAAAGCCCCUAGAAAAUUUUUGAUAAAUUCAAAAUACAAGAAUGCAUUUUUUCACAUACCUGAAUUUAGUUUUGCAACAUUGGACACUUAAUUGGAAAGCAACUAAAGAGAGGCUAGUUAAAAAAAUUAGGUUUCACUUAGCCUUAGAACCAUCUUGUGAGCCAGCAACAUAUGACUUCAGGGGCCUCGGAUAUUUUAGGGACUUAAAGAUGUGAUGGUGGACACUUAAUUAUCAUCUUUCAAUGCAACGUGUGGGAGUACAAAACCGAAAUUUGGCAGGGGUCCUCAACAAGUCGAGCGACGGCUGCUUGACCUCCUUGUGUUAUGAAAGAUUUUUUUUUUUACUAAAUAAUAAUGUAUCUUUUAAUUUUUAUUUAAACCUUUGGGGAAACUUAAAUAAUAAAUGAUUUUUGAAAAAAUGUUUUUGUCACAAAAAGCACUGCUAACAUCAUUUUACAUGUUCAUUGCAAAGGAAAAAAUCAACUUUCUAAUAAUAAUUACCUUUUCUAAAUAUUUUCAAGUUUUACCAGGUUCAAAAAGAAAAAAAAUCUGUUAAGUAGAAAGGUCUAGACAUUUUUAUGGAUUUUCAAAACUGGUCAUUUUUAAAAAAAUGGUAUACUAACGACAUAAUUAUGUUAAGACGACAUGAGUUUUUUACAAAAGUUACUAUUUUAUUUUUAAAACUUUUAUAAAAAUGUGAAUUCAGUCAAUUUUAAUAAAAUAAAUUUUCCUUUUAUUUUUGUACACAUUUUUCUCGAAGGUGGGGAUGCACUUGCUCCGGGUGCGGCUCCCCCUCCCCCCAACAGAUGCCUGAAACACUGAAUGGACCAUGAAAGUGAAAGCAUUGAAGCGUGGCCGCAGGAGCCUAACAAAUGUGCGAGGAAAUUAACAGCCUCUAUACUUUUUUGAAUUCCAGGCAUGUCCAGCAAGAAAACACUCUGCUUUGAUUCCUCGCACACACAGUAUGGAAGUAUUUUGCCCAUAGAAUUGUAUUGUGUCUGUGGCUUGAAACGGGGCCGAUCAACAAGGAAGUGACUUUUACUUUAUUCUUUUACCCAGACAUUUCCAGACAAACAGUUGAGGCAAAGAGCAAACAUCUGGGUCAGGAGGAGAAACAAAAGGAAGAGGUUCAGAAUCUCAGAUUUAAGGAAUAUCAAAGAAUACACAAACUGCAAGAUGAGAAAGGUAAUUUAUUUAAAGAAUAAUUGAGCAUGAAGAAACUCCAAGAUGAUAAGCUGAUAAGCCUAAAUUAUUUAAAGAAUACCUGAUAAUACACAAACUCGAAGGUUGAGAAAGCUGACUUACUUGAAGACACAGAAAUCUCAACUGCUUAAUAUCAGUCAUUAGAAUUGUGAUCAAUUUCCUUAAAGAUAAUCAAAAUUUCCAUUACAUUAUUUGCUUUUCUUUUAGAGCCAUAAGAUCUCUUGCCAUGUGUGUUAAGCACACUCGUCUUCUCAUAUGUACACAGUACACAGCACACUCAUCUUGCCAUGUGUUCACAGCACACUCAUCUUGCCAUCUUUACACAGCACACUCAUUUUACCAUGCGUACACAGCCCAUUCGUCAUUUCUAAACCCCUUCACAAAAGUUAGGAUCUGUCACCAAAUCAAAAGCUAAACCAGAAUUUUUCUGCACCAAAAGAUCAGUUAAUGUACUGAUCCCUCACAUCCACACUUACAGCUGUGGUCGGACAUCACGACAUACCCUCUUCUGUUCUGUCUCUAAAUUGUAUUUAUUUAUUUUUGUUUAAUCAUAAACCACACACAAGUAACGGAUGAUGUCAAUAAAACUAUCAUUUAAGUUUUUUCGUGUCAGUGUCCAGUUGAAGAAGACCAAUUUUAAUCAGAUUUGUCCUCUAAGUUCUAUAAUGAUAUUAUUUUCAGCAAUGCUUGAGAAGGAAAUCAUUCCAGCCAAAAAGAAAUUGGCUCACCGGAAAAUUCUCUUGGAGGAGAAGAACGAAAAGAUGAGAAAUUUAGAGGUAAGGAUUGUGGUGUUUACCAUAUGUUCACUUUUGUCUAACGGUGCUACAAUAUGUUCACUUUUGUCUAACGGUGCUACAAUAUGUUCACUUUUGUCUAACGGUGCUACAAUAUGUUCACUUUUGUCUAACGGUGCUACAAUAUGUUCACUUUUGUCUAACGGUGCUACAAUGUGUUCACUUUUGUCUAACGGUGCUACAAUAUGUUCACUUUUGUCUAACGGUGCUACAAUGUGUUCACUUUUGUCUAACGGUGCUACAAUGUGUUCACUUUUGUCUAACGGUGCUACAAUAUGUUCACUUUUAUCUAACGGUGCUACAAUAUGUUCACUUUUAUCUAACGGUGCUACAAUAUGUUCACUUUUGUCUAACGGUGCUACAAUAUGUUCACUUUUAUCUAACGGUGCUACAAUGUGUUCACUUUUGUCUAACGGUGCUACAAUAUGUUCACUUUCGUCUAACGGUGCUACAAUAUGUUCACUUUUGUCUAACGGUGCUACAAUAUGUUCACUUUUGUCUAACGGUGCUACAAUGUGUUCACUUUUGUCUAACGGUGCUACAAUAUGUUCACUGUUGUCUAACGGUGCAGUGAGAUAUGCAGUAUGAUAUAAAUUGAUGUUGUGUGUUUGAUACACCAUUUGGUAACGUAUUUUACAGAUGCACAUUUUUCUUCGAAAAAUUCCCUACAAAAUUCAAGUGUGUCUUAUACUUGAAAUUAAUAAUAAAAAUGGUAAAAAUGUUUUUAAAAAAAAAAUUGCUUAAAAAUUAAGGUGUGUCUUAUAGUCCAUAGCAUCUUAUAUUCCGUAAGAUAUGAAAAUAUGUUGUGCGUUUGAUACGUUAUGUUUUUGAGGUUCCCCUGCCACUUUUUCUGUUUUGUGCCCCUUGCAAUUAAAGCUUUUAUUUUACAUAUUUUACUGCAACACAACUUAAGGCUUCUUUGAUGGCUCUGGGUGUUUUAAAAGCCAUUUGGUAUUAUAUAAGUGAUACGCCAUAUGGUCUCAGAAGAUGUGGGGUGUUUUAUAUGCCAUAUAAUUCUUAAUUUCUAUAUGAUUUCAUGUCCUGGCGUCUAUUGUGCUGUGGCCUGCGGUUCAUUUUGAACAAGCCAACUUGUUACUAUGCAUAAUUAUGCUGUGGAGUUUAGUCAGUUUAUAUAGUACAACACAACAAUACUGCUACUGACCAAUAACAAACUUUUCAUGCCUAGAAUUUCCACGAAGUUCUGGCUGACCAUUGUGCCCUGGAUAUGAUAUUACUGAAAGAUAAAACUGAUGAGACCAGAGCUGAGCGACACCGAUGGGAUGCAGCGGACUUGGGUAGGUCUAGUUAAGAUCUAUACAAUGUACGGCAGUGGGUUUCAACCGGUGUGUUGUGACACCCUGGUGUGUUAUUAUGUUUCACAGGGCCAUGGCUGCAGCUGGGAAUUUAGGCAUUCUCUCCCCCCCACCCCACAUUUUUUGUACAUGCCCUGAUGAUUCAUAAAUGUGACAUGAGAUAUAAAUGGAUAAAACUUUAAGUAAUGCUAUUGGUGAGCAGUCUACUUAAAAACUUAUAUGGAUAGAAAAUUUUCCAAUAUAAUUUAAUUAAAUACCGAAAUAAUUUACUUGGACUCAGUCCUUCCCAAAGAAACCUAAUUACAACCUAAUUAUGUGUCAAGGAAAUGUAACGAUUAGUUCUAGUGUGGUAAGAUGAAAAAGGUUGAAAACAUCUGAAACUUGGAAUCAACCACAGAUGACGUCACUGCCUUUUUUAUUUAAAAAGAAACGCACAAAAGAACCGACCCCCAUAUUUAUUCAUCUUAUCAAUUCAGGCAAGCAACUCUGUUCCUCCUUCUUCUUCUAUAUUUUGAGGCCCACGAUCAAUGAAUUGACAUUCUGGCUCCUAUGUUUCAAAGGGUUUCGUGAUGUAACUGUGCAUAGUUUUGAAGGGGAUAACUCACUGGUUGCAAGGGCUACUCAGCAGUGGUAUUAUGAACUGAAGGUUGGAAGACAGGAGGCAAUAGAUGCAAAUGUGUCAAGUGUAGUCGCCUCAACUGUUGCUUUUUGAAGGUUGUUCCAGUCCCUUACUGUCUUUGGCAGGAAUGAGGAGCUCCUGUACUGAGUUCUUGUUUUUAUGAACCGGAACUGCCUGUUGUGGCCUCCUCACAAUUUAGGGGGGACAGGGACAAGUUUCUGUUUAAUGCUGGAGCAGUGGACCAGCCUAUUUUUUUAAUCUUGUACAACAUGGAGAGCCUGGAUAGUCGUCGUCAUGACCUUUGUUUAACCUGAUAUAUGGCUGGAACUAAAAUAAAGUGUCACAAAGAAGUAGAAGUAGUCCCUUGGUUUACUUCAGAAACGCAAGAAGAUUUCUGACAAGUGCUCAACACGCAACUUGCGUUGACCGAAAUCCACUUUCAGUGACCAUCCUCGUAUCUUCAAGUCACUGGGUGGACACCGAAGGCAGACAUACGUAUAUAUAUAUAAUAUUAUAUCUUCUAACACUACUUUUCAUCAAGUUGUAAUGUAACUUCAUAUUCUAAACCCUCUUGUCCUUCUACCUUAUUAAACCUUUCAUUACCUGGACUUUAUCCAAAACUCUAAAUAAAUCCUGUGCUCCUCACUAACUCCAUGACUUUAAUAAUGGAUGGCAUAUAUUUGAAGAUUACUACUCACUGCACAUUUGAAGUAAUUGUUACAUCCUUGGCUACAUUUUUCAAUAGAAUAGAAUAUUUAAGAAAAAAUUCAUGAUAAUCAAAUAAUGUAUCUGUAAAAUAAAUGACACAGGGGCUCUUUACAAACAACAUCUCAGUUGUCUUUUUAAAGAAUAGAGCUUUUAGAUGGACACCUAAAAUUGUAAUGUUAAAUUGAAAUUCCUCCCCCCCCCCCCCCCCCCCCCCCCCCCCCCCCGUCAGUUACGUUAUGUGUGCUAUAAUAGUAUGACGUUUAAUCACAUUUCAAUUACUGGUAUAAUAUUUGCGCCAUUUUUAUUUCCAUUAUUCAGACAUAUCAAACGAAAUGGCAUCAUUUUUGCUGGACGCAGCUGAACUUAUUUGUUUAGAGCAAAACGUCUGUGAAUCAAAAGAUGUGGUAAGUCUGUAGUUUGUUUUUUAAGCUGUAACUGUAGACUGCCGAUACAUUGACUACUGGUAAACAUAACAUACAAAAAUGAUACUGUUAAAAACAACAGUCCCCCCCUCCUCAAGAUAUUGAUUAUAUUUUUUCCUUUGAGUUUGGAAAUUUUUACCUCCAAUAUUUGUUUUAUUUUAAUGAAAAGCCUGAGACGUGCUGGUGAGACUAGGAAACAAUGCACUUACCAAGAGCACGUCAUGAUGCUUUGUGACUAGACUCAAGUACAUUUCUUUUGGUUUUCUUGAUCCAAAUAUAUUUUAUGCUCGCUACCCUAUGCAUUGAAAGAUUUUUUUCCCUUUUAAUUUAAAAAGGGGGUGGAGGUGGGAUGAGGAGUUAUUUUUCCCCCAUUAGGAAUUGGAAAGAUUAUUUUGAUGAAUUUAUUUUUUGAAACAAUAACAUAAACUAUUUUCAAAAAAUCAAAAGAAAGUAAAUUAAAAAAAAAUAUGAUUUUUAUUGCAUUGUAGUACAAGAUGUAAAAUUGUUUGCAUUUUGUUCCAUUUCUCCCAGCUCCAGAAUCAGAAGAUGUGGUAUGAUGAAGAGCUACAAACUAAACUCUUCUACUCAACACGAAGCAAAGAGAUCAAACAUCGAAUUAAUUACUUCAAGUAAUGAUUUAAAGAUUGCUUUUAACGAAUCUAACAUUUUGCAUGAAUAUGUUUAGAAAUAAGCUGAUACCUACGGUUUUGGAUUAAUUUUUUGGGGGGCCUGGUGAUAGCAACACAAUAUUCUUUUUAUUAUGUGAAGUUGCGUUACUCAGUAGUCUAUUGUAAUUAUUAUUAGUUACUAGAAAUAACCUGCCUAACAAUGGCCACGGAGGUGCGUGAACUUCCCAUCUACCAAAGUUAAUUGACAAAAUCUCUAUUCAGUAUUCAGGUAACGUACUUUAUAAAAACCCCAAUUAGCUGUGACUUUUGGCAAUUUUAUUUUGCUUGCCUAUUAAACACAGCGUUAUAGCCAUACAUACUGCACCUGACAGAACGUGACAGUCAUACAUACUGCACCUGACAGAACGUGACAGUCAUACAUACUGCACCUGACAGAACGUGACAGUCAUACAUACUGCACCUGACAGAAUGUGACAGUCAUACAUACUGCACCUGACAGAAUGUGACAGUCAUACAUACUGCACCUGACAGAAUGUGACAGUCAUACAUACUGCACCUGACAGAACGUGACAGUCAUACAUACUGCACCUGACAGAACGUGACAGUCAUACAUACCGCACCUGACAGAACGUGACAGUCAUACAUACUGCACCUGACAGAACGUGACAGUCAUACUACGUACCUGGAGAAUUAUUAUUAGUGAUAAUAUAUAAAUAUGUAUCCUAAAUGAAAAUUUAAGAAAUUCUGAUCCAGUUGACAAAUUUAUUUAAAAAAGCAAAUUUGAAGAGGUUUGCAAACAGCAAGGCAGUAUUUCUGUCAGUAAAGACAGAAGAAGUUCAACUAUUUAUGAUGUUAGCGGCUUAUCUUCAGCAGCUAUAUGAAGUUGAGCACCAAACAAAAGACUAGACAUCAGCAAACGUAGGCCUAAAUCUGAAACUACCAUAGAUCUACACCAUGGAGGCAAAAUAAUCAGUCUAUUGAUAACGUGGUCUGUUACUAUGAACAACGCCAUGGUCAGUUAAGCCUAUUGCCCAAAACUGUUUCCUAAUUGAGUUGGCAUGUAUUUUUAAUACAUAAAGCAACCGGGGAAUGGAAUAAAAAUGACAAUUAAUGAUGAUUAUUUUUGAUGAACACACCAAAUGAGGACAAUUAAUGACUAUUAUUUUUUAUGAUCGCGCCAAAUGAUGAUUAUUUUUUUAUGAUCACACUAAAUGAUGACAAUUUCAAUAAGUCUAGAAGAGAAAAGAUGAGAAUUUAAGAUAACGUGUGUAAGAAAUAAGAACACAUGACAUGUUACUUCUAACAGCCUUCUGGAAUCAAUGCUGUUUGGUGGGGAACAAAAUCUCCCUAUCAAGUUGUCAAGCUGUCUUCUAUCAAUGAUGUAGGAAAGGGGUGGAGGGUGGUCCUCCCUACGCGGCAUUUUUACUUUCGGCCAAAUGCAGAGUUUUUGCCUGGAGGGGAAACGUAAAAAAACUGGGCCCUCCUCGGCACUAACCCUAGCUAAGCCGCUGGAUACAACGCAUUUUAGCAUGAGUACUGCAUAAUUAAACUAGUUUGGAAUCAUGCUCAAACUGUGGCCAAUAUCUGCACUAACCAGACAUGGAACUGACAACUAUAGUUUCUUACGUUUGUGAUACACAAUUCAUAUAUAAAUAAUCAAACGUUUCUCUUUGUUUCUUCUAUAUUCACAUGCAACCAAAUAUUAUAUUUACAAAGCUUAUGAAGUCCUCAUACUUCUUUAGCAUUCCCUCAACCCUUUCACUCAAGGGCAUUUGAACAUUGACGUGGUUAGUGUACUCCUGAUAGAAUGAGAAAGCGCUCUCUCAUUCUAACAGCUAAUUGGAGCUUGCUGGGCGACAUAGGCCUGCAUUGAUCGAAUCCACCCAUCAAACUUUUCUAUAAAUCUAAAUUCACUGCUAAUUGAGAAACAGUGAAAUGCAACAUAUUCCAUUACCAAUCGGUACUAAAUUUUGAAAACUUGGUUUCAGAAAUGUUCUUCGACGCAUCGAGAAGACAGGUCGCAGUGAAGACACAGAAGACGACUUGGAGGAGAAGAGAUUGAGCAGAAGAUCUGAACACAUCCUUGUGGAUGGCUCUCCUGGGGUCCAAGCUAAAGAGGUAACAAAAACUAUAUAAAUAGCACUUUAUGAUGAAAAUUUUAUUAGCUCUUUGUGGGUAUUUAAUUUAUAUUUUUUUUUCAAUUUGUUUCAAACGGAUAUUUAUUAUUCUGUAUACAUCAACCAAAUGUGUUACUUCACUAUUAAUUUACAUAUGGGGACAAACAAAAAACUUAAUUUAAAUUUUAAAAAUAAAAUUUUAAAAAAUGUUCACAUAUUAAUUUAUUAAUAUUAAUUUGAUAAAUGCAGACCAAAUAAAUAUUUGACUUGAAUGUAUUAUUUAAAACUGAUUUUUACGCUUAAAAAUAUACUUUGCCUGAUUGAAAGGACUCAACAUCUUUAAGCAAAAUUUUCUAGUAAACAGAAAUUUGGAACACAGCCAAGUCUUGUGGCGCCAAAUGAUAUUUUCAAGUUUGUUAGAUGUCCAUUUACUUAUUGCGAAACGUACAUAGUUAAACUCUCUAAGCAAAAAAAUAAUUUUGGUGAAAAUUUUAUUUCAAAUACAAUUUUUAUCUUUAAUGCAAUACACUUGUAGAGUUGGGUUGCAAUUACUAGAAUUUACUUAAUAUAAAAAACGAGUGUCCAUUGCGAUUUUUUUUUAAAAAUUCAAAAUUGUCCAGGUUGAGCGUUACCUAAGUCACCAUUUUGGAAUGAAGGUAUUGGCUGACUAUACAAUGCUGAGACGACUCAAAGAUGAAAUCGGUGUCCAGGGGCUGGCAUAUUUAGUGGAGAAAGUCAGAUUACAGGUAAGGAGAAUAAAACUGUAUAAAACUAAAUAAAAAUACUAUAACUUUUAACAGAAGAAUAAUAGUUUUCUAAAAAGAGACAUUUAUGUCAAUAACAAAUUUCUUGUCACAUUUGUCUGGAACUAGAGCUAAGAUAGACUACUUUUGAAGAGCAUUGAAUUUUCAAAAUAGACAGUUGCGUACCCUUUAAAAAUAAAUAUACAAUUAUUUUCCAUGGCACUCUUGAAGUGUUAGGGUUUUAUUAAUUUUUAUAUUUUUGUUAAUUAUGAGACAGUGAACUAGAGAAGAGCUUUUCUAAAAGAAUUUCUGUAAAAAUCUCCAAAACCCUAGACUUAUUUUUUUUUACUGGCCUACUUGAACAGGGGAGCUGUUCUAUUCCAUGCAGUCCUUUGCCAAGUCCUUCUUACACAGACUGGGAGGAGAAACAAGUGGAGAAGGCCCUCAAGAACAUUGCAAUGGAGUAUAGGUAACAUGACAUUUGUAUUUAAUGAGCCUGUAACUGUAACAUCCAAAUUACCUUAUGGGGGUAUGGCAUAGUUGAUUUUUAAAUGGAAGUGGUCAUAGGCUUCCGGAAUCAGUAAGCAAGGCAAUGGCCUGUCUUAACCAAGAACAUUCAGGUGCCAAUAUCUUUUGCAAGUAAAUUAAAUUACAAUUAAUACAGAUAAAAAAUGUCUUGGACUAUGACAAUACCCAGGAUAUGAUAUUUUCUAAUAGUACAAAAACAAAACAUGAAAAGAAACCAGCCCCAAGGGAUUUAUUUAAUUUCUUAUUUGAAGAAAUACUUUUUUCCCUUAUUCAGUUAUGUUUUAUUGUAUGAAUAAACUGAACUUUUUUUCUGCACAAAAAAGCUUCACCCCACAAACAGAUAUCUUCUAUUGUCCUUUUCAACACUCUUUAAGAAAACUGCAAUUUAUUACAAUUUUUGUGUCCAUUCUCUUCUAUAAUUUAAUUGACGAUGUGAUUUUUUUAUUGAUUUCAGGUAGAAUGUAUAAGGUUGAAAUGUUAUGUUUAACCAUCCAAAUUGAUAUUUAACAUUUUUUUGUCUUUUCAAAUUUGUGUGGAAUAAGGGAGCGUGAUGAGAACAAGCGACUCCUGAGGGUCCCUGGGAUGAGUCCAUCUCAUGAUCUCCAAAAUGAACAACCAGCAUCUUCUGACCAGCACUCCCCGUGCUCCCCCUCGCUGUCCAACAGCUCGUACCUGACCAGGAACACUUCCAACACAGAGUUUUCUGUGGUUUCCAACCCCACAAGCAGAAGGAGUUCUAGCAACUCUCUCAAGCGAAAGACAUCACUGGCUCGCAUCAAGAAGUUUCUUAAAUUUUAAAUUGAUAACAAAUUUAUUAUUACACUUUAAGUUAGAAAAAUAAAAUUAAUUAAUUUUUAUUCAGUGGACUCAUAAUAUCAUUUUUAAAAAAAGAAUUUCAUUAAUUUCAGACAUAAAGCAAAAGAUAAGGUUUUUAUUUUUAGUAAGAACCCAAGUUCACUUAAACCAUUUUAUUUGUUUACUAAGUUAAGUUUUGAAAAUUGAAUCUGACGUGUUGACAUUUUAAACAUGAAACAAAUGUCUCCCCAAUGCUCUACAUGUGCUCACUAUAUACUUACAGAUAACGCAUCCAUUGAUAUUUUCAGAAGACUACUCAUUUUUUUUAAAAUCCCUUGUUCAGUUUGCCCCAUUAAUGCCCCAUCGUCUUUUAUUUAUUUUAUUUUUUUAUUUGCAUGAAGUCAUUC